AUGUACAUCAAACAGGUUAUCAUCCAGGGGUUCCGAAGUUACAGGGACCAGACGGUGGUAGACCCGUUCAGCCCAAAACACAAUGUCAUCGUUGGGCGAAAUGGAUCAGGAAAAAGUAACUUUUUCUAUGCCAUUCAGUUUGUGCUCAGUGAUGAGUUCAGCCACCUCCGACCUGAGCAGCGCCUGGCCUUGCUCCAUGAGGGAACGGGUCCGCGCGUCAUUUCUGCAUUUGUGGAGAUUAUAUUUGACAACUCUGACAACCGCCUGCCGAUUGACAAAGAGGAAGUCUCCCUUCGUCGUGUCAUCGGCGCAAAGAAGGACCAAUACUUCUUGGACAAGAAGAUGGUGACUAAGAAUGACGUCAUGAACCUUCUGGAGAGUGCUGGCUUCUCUCGCUGUAACCCUUACUACAUUGUCAAGCAGGGCAAGAUCAACCAAAUGGCCACAGCACCUGACUCUCAACGUCUGAAGCUGUUGAGGGAAGUGGCGGGAACAAGAGUGUAUGAUGAACGCAAAGAGGAGAGUAUUUCGCUCAUGAAGGAAACAGAGGGAAAGCGGGAGAAAAUCAAUGAGCUGUUGAAGUACAUUGAGGAGCGUCUGCACACUCUGGAGGAUGAGAAAGAGGAGCUGGCUCAAUAUCAGAAAUGGGACAAAAUGAGAAGAGCCCUUGAGUACACCAUCUACAACCAGGAGCUCAACGAAACCCGUGCCAAAUUGGAUGAGCUGUCCUCCAAGAGAGAAACUUGUGGAGAUAAAUCCCGGCAGUUACGUGAUGCUCAGCAAGAUGCCAGGGACAAAGUUGAGGAGACGGAACGAGUUGUACGCGAAUUGAAAUCCAAGAUCUCUGCCAUGAAGGAGGAGAGAGAGCAAUUGUCGGCCGAGCGCCAGGAGCAGAUUAAGCAGAGGACCAAACUAGAGCUGAAGGCCAAGGACCUGCAGGAUGAGCUGGCAGGCAACAGUGAACAGAGGAAACGACUGCUGAAAGAGCGUCAGAAGUUGCUCGAGAAAAUUGAAGAGAAGCAAAAGGAGCUGCAGGAGACUGAGCCCAAAUUUAAUAUGGUGAAAGAAAAGGAGGAGCGAGGUAUCUCCAGACUUGCACAGGCUACACAGGAAAGGACUGACCUGUAUGCGAAACAGGGCCGUGGCAGUCAGUUCACUUCCAAAGAGGAGAGGGACAAAUGGAUCAAGAAGGAACUGAAAUCUUUGGACCAGGCCAUUAAUGAUAAAAAGAGGCAAAUUGCUGCCAUCAAUAAAGAUCUGGAGGACACAGAGACCAACAAAGAAAAGAACCUGGAGCAAUAUAAUAAACUGGACCAAGAUCUAAAUGAGGUGAAGACCCGUGUUGAGGAGUUGGACAAAAAGUACUACGAAGUAAAAAACAGGAAGGAUGAACUGCAGAGUGAACGAAACUACUUGUGGCGUGAGGAGAAUGCAGAGCAGCAGGCCUUGGCAGCAAAACGUGAGGACCUGGAGAAGAAACAGCAGCUCCUCAGAGCAGCCACUGGCAAGGCAAUCCUGAAUGGCAUUGACAGCAUCAACAAAGUCCUUGAGCAUUUCCGCCGCAAGGGCAUUAACCAGCAUGUGAUCAAUGGUUACCACGGCAUCGUUAUGAAUAACUUUGAGUGUGAGCCUGCCUUUUACACCUGUGUUGAGGUGACUGCUGGUACGAGACUUUUCUACCACAUUGUGGAGACCGACGAGGUCAGUACCAAAAUACUAAUGGAGUUCAAUAAGAUGAAUCUUCCUGGAGAAGUCACAUUCCUGCCUCUCAGCAAGCUGGAUGUCAGAGACACUGCCUAUCCAGAGACAAACGAUGCCAUUCCGAUGAUCAGCAAACUGCGCUACAGCCACGACUUUGACAAAGCCUUCAAGCACGUGUUUGGGAAGACCUUGAUUUGUCGUAGCAUGGAGGUUUCCACGCAACUUGCCAGAGCUUUCACCAUGGAUUGUAUCACUCUGGAAGGUGAUCAGGUGAGCCACCGUGGAGCUUUGACAGGAGGCUAUUAUGAUACCAGAAAGUCUCGUCUGGAGCUGCAGAAGGACAUGAGGAAGGCUGAGGAAGAGCUCGGUGAGCUGGAGGCCAAGCUUAAUGAGAAUCUGCGCAGGAACAUUGAACGCAUCAACAAUGAGAUCGACCAGCUGAUGAACCAGAUGCAGCAGAUUGAGACACAGCAGAGGAAGUUCAAAGCCUCCCGUGACAGUAUUCUGUCAGAGAUGAAAAUGCUGAAAGAGAAGAGACAGCAGUCAGAGAAGACUUUCAUGCCAAAGCAACGGAGUCUUCAGAGUCUGGAAGCCAGCCUUCACGCUAUGGAGUCCACCAGGGAGUCGCUAAAGGAUGAGUUGGGCACAGAUUUACUCUCCCAGCUCAGUCUGGAGGACCAGAGACGUGUGGAUGAUCUUAAUGAUGAGAUCCGUCAGCUGCAGCAGGACAACCGACAAUUGCUGAACGAGAGAAUCAAGUUGGAGGGUAUCAUGACCCGAGUGGAGACGUACCUUAAUGAGAAUCUGAGGAAGCGUCUUGAUCAAGUGGAGCAGGAGCUAAACGAGUUGCGAGAGACUGAAGGAGGCACUGUACUCACAGCCACAAAUUCUGAACUGGAUGCCAUCAACAAACGGGUCAAAGAGACACUGGCACGAUCAGAAGAUUUGGACUCUUUGGUCGACAAGACUGAAAGUGAGAUCAAGGAUCACAUUAAGAGUAUGGACCGCUGGAAGAACAUAGAGAAGGAACAAAAUGAUGCAAUCAACCAUGAUACCAAGGAACUGGAGAAGAUGACCAACCGGCAGGGCAUGCUGCUUAAGAAAAAGGAGGAGUGCAUGAAGAAAAUAAGGGAGUUGGGCUCGCUACCUCAAGAGGCUUUUGAGAAGUACCAGACCCUCACACUCAAACAGUUGUUUAGAAAAUUGGAGCAGUGCAACGCGGAGCUGAAGAAAUACAGUCACGUAAACAAGAAAGCCUUAGAUCAGUUUGUUAACUUCUCUGAGCAAAAAGAGAAACUGAUCAAGCGUCAGGACGAGCUCGACCGAGGUUACAAGUCUAUCAUGGAACUCAUGAAUGUCCUGGAGCUCCGCAAGUAUGAAGCCAUCCAGCUCACGUUCAAACAGGUGUCAAAGAACUUCAGCGAAGUGUUCCAGAAACUGGUGCCUGGAGGCAAAGCUACGUUGGUGAUGAAGAAGGGAGAUGCUGAAGGCAGUCAGUCCCAGGAUGAAGAAGGUGGCGGAGACAGCGAAAAAGGAUCCGGCUCACAGAGCAGCGUACCCUCAGUGGAUCAAUUUACCGGAGUGGGGAUCAGGGUGUCAUUCACAGGCAAGCAGGGUGAAAUGAGGGAAAUGCAGCAGCUGUCUGGAGGUCAAAAGUCUCUGGUGGCACUCGCAUUGAUCUUUGCCAUCCAAAAGUGCGACCCCGCCCCUUUUUACCUUUUUGACGAGAUCGACCAGGCCCUCGACGCACAGCACAGGAAGGCUGUCUCAGACAUGAUUGUUGAGUUGGCUGGCCACGCACAGUUCAUCACUACAACCUUCAGACCUGAGCUGCUGGAGUCUGCUGAUAAAUUUUAUGGAGUCAAAUUCAGAAACAAGGUGAGUCACAUUGAUGUGAUCACAGCAGAGCAGGCCAAAGACUUUGUGGAGGAUGACACUACCCAUGGUUAA